AUGGCGCGCCAAUUCUUUGUUGGAGGCAAUUUUAAGAUGAACCCGGCUAGCCGGAAGGACAAAGUAGCUCUGGUGAAGCUUUUGAACGAAGCAGAGCUUGAUCCUAACACUGAGAUUGUCAUAUCUCCACCAGCUCUAUAUCUUAUCCCUGUAAAAGAGUCUAUCCGGAAGGACAUCAAAGUAGCUGCUCAGAAUUGCUAUUUCAAAGACUCCGGUGCUUUCACUGGAGAGAUCAGUCCUGCACAACUUGUAGAUUCUGAAAUACCCUACGUUAUCCUUGGACACUCGGAGCGUCGAACCCUCUUCCAUGAAUCUUCCGAAGUCGUUGCGCAAAAGACUCGCGCUGCUCUCGAUAAGGGACUCAACAUUAUUCUCUGUAUCGGCGAGACUCUCAACGAACGCGAGGCCGGAGAGACCGCAAAAGUCUGUGAGGAACAACUCAAAGCUGUCGUAGAUGUAUCAAAGGAGAGCGAUUGGAGUAAAAUCGUCGUUGCCUACGAACCCGUGUGGGCCAUAGGAACUGGCAAAGUUGCUACUCCACAGCAGGCGCAGGAGGCUCACAAAGAUAUCCGGUCGUAUCUAUCCAAAGCCGUCUCGUCAGGUGUCGCUGAAUCGACCAGGAUCAUCUACGGAGGUAGCGUCAAUGCUGGAAAUUGCAAAGAACUUUCUACUCUACCCGACGUCGAUGGUUUCCUUGUGGGGGGUGCUUCCCUGAAACCCGAAUUUGUACAGAUUGUGAACUCAAAGAAGUUGUGA